AUGACUGUUACCGGAAUUAUUUUGUGUGGAUUCUUUACUACCUACGUGUGCGCAUCUGAGGUUGCAGAUGUGGUUUUGUCCUGUGAGUUCAUGGAAGACUCAAUCGAGCCGCAAGCGAACUCUGCCUUCACCAGAAUUCCUGCAACUCUCAUCUUGAGGGAAGUCUUCAUUGGUCCAGAUGAAUCCCUUGAAUCGCUCACUCCAUUUGUCCCGCCGCCCAACCCAGAUCUUCGUGCCAUUAUAUUAGAAUCCAAAGCAUCAUCAUUCGAGAUUCCCAACGCAAACGUUCUCCUCCAUGCGGACUGCAACGAACAGGAAGUGUUGUGUGAAAUUAGCAGGUACGCCCCCAACGGCUUAAGGGAAAGGUCCGGAUCGGACCAUUUCCUGGUGUCCCUCGAUGUGAAAGGUGGGGAUUUCGGCGCUUUGUUGAUACUGCGUGCUGUUUCGCCGGUGGACGGACAGUUGGGCCUGACACACAACGAAUUGGGCUUGCCUCUCAGCAACACCGGAACACUGCUGACUGAGGUCAAUUUUCUGGUGUUUUCCACCCUCAAAUCUCUAUCUGCGCCUCUGAGAGGUGCCGGUCUCCUCACUUGUGGCUUCAAGCAUAAGGACAUGCCGCUUGAUGAGGAAGUGCAAAUCGAGUGGAGGCAACAGCAUCGGGGACAAGGACAGAAAGUCAUGGAGGUGAUGGCGAAGUUAAACGAUCUGGAAGGGAGCGCAGUGGUGCAUCACGUGAGCAGGGACUCAAGCAUCGACACCACCCGAAUUUUAAGUGAGGGGAACGCUUCUGUGACUCUGAACAACUUAAAGGUUACGGAUGAGGGCUCCUACAUCUGCGCCAUCAAUAUUGGUUCUUUCUACGGUCAGCAGGUGGUCAAUCUCAACGUGGUUCAACCACCAAGUGUUUCACUCUCAGAGGACAAGAUAGUUUUAAAAGCAAAUACCGAACAAACCCUCAGCUGCCAUUGCAGUAAAUACUAUCCUCUGGAUGCUCAGAUGGAGUGGCUUUCACAAUCGCCCACUGACGAGGAGCCCAUCGUCUUCCCGCAUCAAGGCUCACUAUCCAGCCACCGGAAGCAAAGCGACGGCACUUACUCACUCUCAUCCCACCUUGUUGUGCCUUCUGACCUCACCCCGGGAACACGAAUCAUCUGCAAGGUGUCCCACCCAGCCCUGGACUCGCCGGUUUCUGUCAGUCUGCUGGUGGAACAGCUAGAACCAGAUGACUACCGGUGGAUGUUGUCACUCCUGGGCAUCACUGUUGUGUUCUUCUACCAACUCAUGAAGUAG